AUACUUUCACUCUUACUCCCAGUCGCUGCCACCAGUAUCUCCACUUUCAGAUCUACGACGUCCCCGCCAAGAAUAUAUUUAGAUGAAGCAUUAAACCCGUGUGGGUCAUUCAAUCCUCCGUCCGCUAAGUGCGAGACAAACAUGCUACCUACCUGUAGCUAUUGAGGAGGUUAUAAUAUGAUUAAGACUCGUGUUUGUUACUUGACGAAUAAACUAACAACAAUUGCAGUCUCUACGCUUGAGUCUGAGCGUCAUUUAAACGCCUCUCAAACACUGAAACUACAACAGUCAACCAUAAAGUGGAACAAGUGCCAAGAUCUAGGGACCACGAAGUUGUAGAUCUGUAAUGCAGACGGCAAAGAUGAAGACCAUACUCAUGUUGGUUGUCACUGUAGCCCUCGCUCACCCAGCACCACAGCACAGGUUGACAGGCAAGGCGUACGUCGGGCUGAGCCAGGCGUUGGGAGGACGUAUCCCCGUGGGGAUCUACAGUGCUGACCGCAUCUUCCACGCCUACGAGAACCAUGACAACGACGUAGUAGUUCUCAACUUCCCGGGACUCUCCGAGGUGGUCGGAGGCCGAGGUCUGGGAACUGCCGCCACCAAGACUGUUGUUGCUGGUGGCGUUGCCAAAGAACUAGUCAACACGAAAGCUGAUGCAGUCCAUAGCGUAGAUGAUGCAAUCGUUGAUGGACUGGUUGACACGGCCUUUGAUGCUGUCCACCACAUAGCUGGUACACUCGUCGAUGUUAAAUCCCCUGCACUGAUACGAACGAAGCGCCAGGACUCCGAACGCAGCAACGCCAACCAGCUGUCCUUUGCUUUAUCUGGCCUUGGCACACUUUUUGGCGGAAACUUGGGUCGGUGGUUGGACACUACGUUCGAUGCCAACGUGAGGUUCAUCAAUGGCAUGGAGAACGUUGGCACCCUAGUCUUAGACCAGGUGGAUGAAUUACUGGAACGGGCACGUAGCGGAAACAAGACCAACGGCCUUUCUCUCUUCUAAAACUCUUCACGUGUCAGCAAGUAUCACUCAGACAGCAGACCUGUCAACGAAGUACUCGGUGUAUCACUCAGGCUGGAGAAUACCUGUCAACGACCUGCUGGAUACGUCGCUCAGGCAGGAAUAUACCCGUCAACGACCUGUUGGAUGCAUCACUCAGGGAGGCCUGUCAACGACCUGCUUAAUGCACCACUCAGACAGAACUUUUCCUGUCAACGACUUGAUUGAAGUACCACCCAGGCAGGACUAAACCUGUCAACGACCCGCUGGCAGAAAGUCGUGCAUUAAAGGAAGCCAGAGCAACACGCCCCCAGCUACGAAUUCCUUAUAACAUUUAUCACCAUAUUAUAAAAAAACUGAUAAUCCAUUGUAGUGUACAACACUAACGAUUAUUAACACUCAUAAGAUCCAUAAAGAACUUUUGCCUCAUUCAUUCAAGAAAUCAGAGCUCCCCCCCCCCUUCUAAUCAAAUAUGACUAUCAUUCUCAGACGCUGUAUAACCACCACGAAUUUACAUCUUCAAUA